AUGACGUAUGGACGAACUAGACCACGUAAUAGUGCCAGUGAUAUUUUAAGAGGUCACUACCAACGCAGUUGCCUAAAUAAAUAUUCUGACAUAAAAGGAGAAAUUGAACUUAAAAUUGCUGAAUUGACUAAAAAUUAUAAUCAUCUUUUCUGUAAAAAGUGCGUUGCAAUAAAACAAGACAUUUUUAAGAAAAACUUAGAUUUAGAUUAUUGUUAUAGCAAUAACUUAUUACGACAUAAUUUACUUAAAGAUAGUGCUUUAAGUGAGUUUAUAAAAAAUUGUUCUGGUUCUUCUAAUUGUCGUAAUCCUACAGCAGUUCCUAAGAGAACUGUUGCAUUAACAAAUCCAAAAGACGUUCCUUGUAGAAAAGGAACUCCGGGUUGUAAUCAGAGUACGCCACAACCAAAAACAGAAGAAGGUAAAUCUCAACCAAGAGCUGAUGCGGAAACCUCUAAAAUAAUAGGUUUAGAAGGAUCAGCAUCCGUAAAACAAGGUCAAGAACACGGCGAUGGGGGAAAAUCAAGAUCAGCAAAUUUACAAGAUAAACCAGGAACAACAGCACCUCAUAGUCAUGUUGGAACCCAUGCUGAGGCCCCUCAACAAUUAGAUAACAAACAUAAUUCUCCCUCGGAAGGAGCCACUCAGCUUCAAGCAUUAUCCCAAGCAGCUCCUUCCACAGAUAGAGGUCUUGGUGAUACAUCAAAUGAUCCGUCUGACCAACUUAAUUCUCAAGGGGAUUCUGAGGUGAAUUGUACUCCUCAAGGAACUAAUUUAGAUCCAAAAUGUACAGAAAGAAAUGCAUCUAGUAUUAAAAAUUUAGAUGAUAAUCUCCAAGUUGAGCAAACUACUGUUGAUGGAAUCGCCGGAAGGCAAGAUGGUUUUCUAGAUGUUACCACUUCUGAAAAUCCCGAUGGUAGAUCUAACAGUGAUAAAAUUGGUGGUGAUGAAAAAGCUAGUGUUGUAGGUAAUCAUGGUGGUGUUCGUGACGACAUAGCUCCUGUUACUUUACCUGUUUCUAAUGAAUGUCAUAAUAGUGGUAUUACCCCUUGUGAAAAUGGUGGUAGCAAACAUUCUGGUGAUCACAAUAAUAAAAGUGAAGCUUCUGCUGAGGUAGCUUCAAGCAGAUCUCAUACUGAUACUCAUACUGAGAAUACAUCCGACUCUCAUACUUCUAGUGGAUCCACUGGUGCUGGUAAUGACGUGUGCCAUUUUUUUCUAAUGAACAAUGACUAUAAAUUUUAUUGUUCAAAACUCAUCGGAUCUUUAAAUUAG